UGGAGUUAUCUGUAAAUGUAGGUCACUACAGGUAGAGGAAGAAAUUAGUGUUUAGAUACUGGUUAGCAAAAAUGGCGGCGUAUGUCGUAGGAACGCUGUUGGUUGUAAUUUUAGUAGUACACUACGGGGAAGCCAUUAUGUGUCACAGAUGCUUGAGUGCCUUUGGAGGCUGUGGUGAUGAUGUGGUCUGGAGAAUGUAUCCAUGGAAAGACUGUGGUGAUAGUUAUUGUGUUAAAGUCAUUGAAAAAAUUCCAGGUGAAGAACCCCGUUACCUCAGAGAAUGUGAAGACACUUUGCUAAAGUCCACAAUUCACAGGUUACGCAUGCCUGUUCUGCGUCGUCAUGGAUACUGUGUUCCAGCUCGUAAGAAUGAUCCAUACAAUCCCAAUGAUUCCAUAGAUUCAAGAUAUACUUACUGUUUCUGCAAUGAUUGGAAUGGAUGCAACAGUGUAUCGACAGUUAGAAUAUCAGUGUCCUUUAUUUUAGCUAGUUUGGCAGCUGUUCUGUUGUUUAAAUGGUUGUGAACUCAUUUUAUCUUUUUUUUCCUAAUGUUAUUUAAAUUCUAAGAGCCGAAAAAAUGUAAUCUUGCAUCUGGUUACGAAAAAAAUUUCCGUCUGCCCACGUUUAUUCCAUGAGAAAUAUUUUUUAUUUACAGUUUUAAGUUUCAAAGCAUUCCACUACUAAUUUUAUGUAAAUAUAUAGCAAAUGUGUACAUGUAAAUGUAACGCCAUCAAAGUUUGUCAUUCAAUUAAUAUUACACAAUUUUAUACACAAUAUUUUUUCUGAAAAAGUUCUUUUUUAAAUAUAUCAAAUUAAUGAAUGUAUUUAGGACAUUCCACUGUUGAAUUUACAACAGCAAUUUUUCUUCCUUUUUUUUUUUAAAUUCUCAAAUUGACAACAUUCUAAAAUGGUCAUGUCAUGUUCUGUUUGUUGCAGACCAUUUAGAUUCUAGUUGCUUCUCAAUGCUCAUCUGUUUAAAAAUUCCCUGUAAAUAGAUGUACAGUAUACAUUCCAAUAUAUUUUUUUUUAAAUCUAUGGCUGCUGUUUGGAUUAAUUAAUGUUGAAAGAAGAAGAUUUGCAGUUCAUGGUCAGGUCAUGGAGAGCAUAUAGCUGAGCUUGAACCCCCAGAAUGCAUCAUUUUCAUGAACAGUUGCUAGGUAGUCAUUAGUUGCUACACAUUACAUUUCAUAAGGAAAGAAAACAUUUGUUUUCUAGAUUUUCUUCUUUUUUAUUUUAAAAACUUAUCUUUGCUUUGACACUACAUGAUAGAAUUUUACUAGUAAACAAAAUAUUAAACAGUGUUUUAUACUUUUUUGGUGUAAGAAGUGUAGUGAUCUUUCAGAGCUCAGAAUGUCCCACUAAAUUUCUAUUUGAAUUUUUUUAACAAUAAUAAUUAUAGCUAUUAUAUACUUUCAUGUUUAUAGCAUGAUCAGAGCGCUAUGGUUCAAUCUCAUUUGUGGACCGGGGAUGGGGUAUCUGGGAGGAGGUUUUCUGUGCUGCCUUUAGACGCUGUAAACACAACUCUGCUCGAGUCGGGUGUUGAACCUUGAUUCCCCUUCAUAGGUAGCCAAGUUAAGUUUAAGUGUACUUAGCCUCUUGAUGCAUUAGAAGUCUUAUAUUUAAAUAAAUAAGGGGUUUCAAAUAAAGAGUCUGUAAUGUUAUUGUUCUUAAGUCCCCAUGCACCUGUUUGACACAUUGAUUUAAAUGAUAAUAGACUUUGAAUGAAUGAAUAUUUGUCCUUUGUGUAUAACAUUCAUCCAGUCUUGUAAGUAGAUAUAAUGUUUUGUAUUUACAAUUGUGUAUUUUUUUCAUUUCAUAUAUACAUUGAAAAACAAAUAUGGCUAAUAUUGCUAAGUUAAUUUUUUGUUGUUGUUGUUUGUAUUAAAACAUUUUUUUUGUUUCUAAAAAAAAACAAACAAAGAAAACAAGUAAAUCUUACUUUUAAUUCCAAGCCUUGAAAAAUUGUCAAAUGUGAAUGAACUAUUGUAUAAUUCAGGGGACAUUUUUAGGCAAAAUUGUUCUACUAUCCAGCCAGACCUGUCAGGGAUGAAAAGUUAUAUGCCCACAGGAUUUUUUAAUGGGCUGAAAUUGUAAUCCAUUUUUCGCUGCACACAGUCUGCCAAGCUAUCAUAUUUUGUCAAAAUUAUUUGCUCAGGGCAGUUUCAAGUCUCCUUUGGGUCAACAGGACUGGUUCUAUAACUUAAGAUAAGCUUUCUAUUAUGUAUAACUGCAAAUUUGUAUAUAUUUUUAGUUCUUUUUUCAUUAAUCAGUAAUUGUUCAUAUUUUUUUUUUCUUGUUAAGUGCUGCUUUUGUAAUGCAGACAAUAUUUUUAAUUAGCUCUUCUGACUCUAGUAUCUUUGGUAUACUAUUUUCUAGUACUAUAGUCUAAUCUCAUAAUAUCAAAAAUGAUAAUUUCAGUUUUUUUUUCAUGUGCUCAUAAUAUUUUAUGGAAAUGAAUGUUUUCAGUCAGUUAUAUUAAGCUAGGAUUAAUUCUAAUAUCAACUUAUUUUUUUGGAAUAUUUUUAUCACAGUUAUUUCUAAGCUGAUUGUGCAGAUAUCUGAGUGUUUAGUGUGUAACCAGUUAUAGAAUUCAACUACUAUACAGAGAAAUGUAUUUGUCCUUCUAAUUGUUUUCCCUUUUGCAGCUUAUAAAGUCUUAGUGUAAUAUACUUGUAUUCUGUUACUAAUCGAGUAAUAUUGUUACUAUGCAAUUUUGAGUGAGUAAAUGUUGAAUGCUUGAAUGUGUUUGGAAAUUAUUUCUACUAUUGUCUACUGGAAAUAAAUAGUAUGAUUUAUAAA